AUGGGAACCUUUAUUGGUCAUGUGUACCCAGGGCUGUUUCUAAUCUCAUACGGACUGUGUCAGGCAAUAGGAGUCUCCAAAGCCAUGCUAUUCAAAGACUCUCUCCUGGAUCCUUCAUACCAUCCUAGGAAUAGGAGAAGAUGGGCCAGGCUGUGGAAAAUAGCCUAUGGAGGUUUGCUGAAGAUGUUGGCGGGUUCCAUUUUGAUAGCUUAUGAGAUCAGCUGCAUUAAAGGAGGACUGAUACUGAUGAACAGAGAGCUGCCUCCAAGAUUUAUGUACCCCAAAGAGUGGCAGCACCUCACUAUGUUCACCCUCCUCACCCUCAACGGCUGUGUAGAUGUCAUGAGCAAGAACCUGCUACCUCAGAGGUGUGUGGUCCUAGAGAAGGGCACCUCGGUCCUGACCUUCUAUGUACUCCUACUGCUCUUGAUGUCACAUGUCCAGGACUCUACAGGGAUAGAGCUUCAGAUUCAUUAUCUGCUCAUCGUGGUGGUAUUCCUGUUGAUGCUCGUGUUGACCAUACAGCUGUGGACUCCUGACACAUUUCACCUCUUGCUGAUUGAGACUUUCCUGUUUCUGAUAAUGGGCUCCUGGCUGAUACAGGGAGGCUUUAUUCUGUACAGACCAGUCACCGGCUACCCAUGGCAGGAUGAUGACAUCAGUGACACCAUGUUUAUCACCACCUUCUUCUGUUGGCAUGUGAUGAUCAAUGCUUUGUGUCUGCUGGGCAUCUAUGGAAUCUCUUCCUUGUGGCAUCAUUGUUACCGUCCCAGCUUGGAGCUGAUGGGAUCCAAAGAAGCUCCAUAUCACAAGAGUGCUGGAGGACCUCUCUACAAAUUACUGCGGGAAGUGGAACAGUCUGAGAAAGAUGACCAGGCUCUUCUCCUUUCAAAGAGCUCUUCCUGAGACAGGGCCUACAAUGCCUGGCACACUGUUCCCUCAUCUUCCUCCUUGUGUGUUCACUCAUACAUGUGCACUGUAGCCCUUUUGGUCCCCAGUGAAGGUAAUGGCCAUGAAGAAGAGCAGUUAGUCUCCAUCUGCUGGUACAUCUCCUGCCAUUGAACUUCUUUCUAAUUGCUGAGGUAACGAGGAGAGAGGAACUUGAGAAGGAGAUGCUGAUGGGAUUGGGGGGGUGGUAGGGAGAGCACCAGGGGAGUGGGUAAGUGUGGAAGAAAAGCCAUGGGGGGCAGAAGAUACAAUCGAAGGCAGGCCUUCAAAGGGAGGAGAGCAGAGUCCAGCAGUCAUGUCACCAGCUACUUCUCCAGGCACAAGUGAUUGCCUUUUACCCGGAAGUGUAAUGAUUUCUCGUAAUUCAAAACUGAAAUCAUUCAAGUCUUAUCCUGAUAAAGUGAGUACUUCAGGUUGCUCACUAAAGUUGCACCACCAUGUGGAAGUAAUAUAAACAGAAUUUAUAAUUAGUUUAUAUUGGUUGAAAUUUUAUACCCCUCUCUUAUUUUUAAUGAUUACCUUCAUUUCAAAUCCAAAUUAAUAAAGCGAGACUUUAUUAAUACUUUAAUAUAGCAACAUUUCAUAUGUGAAAGAUUCAAAUAUAGAAUUCAAAUGGUCAGUGCUUUUCCAACUUCUUAUUUUACUACUCCUGUCCCCACCAAAGCUUACCUAUUUCACUAUCACCACCUUUGCACAUGUAGUUUCCUAGAGCCUAUCCUUGGAUCUUUGCAAAUUUCACUCCCUUGCAUCUCACAGAAAGCCAUCAGACAAUCACAUUUUUACCCUGUUAUUUGAUACCCAGCAUAAAACCCACCUUCACCCUCACCCCACUGAGCACCCCCAAGGGGGCCUUCUCCAGGUUCUUACUGACUCCUUUGUUUCGGAAUUCAUAGGUGUUCAUACUAAACCCUCUUUGUUAAAUUGCUCCUGCAGCUGAUAUGUUGUGCUUUGUACUCCGUUUGAAAUAAUUUCUUUUGGGGAGGUUUUUCCUCACCACCUAAAGCAUUGACUCCUAAAGGGUAAGGGCUUUGCUGUAUCCAAGUUACAUAAUGUCUUACGUGUGAUCCCAAAAUGUAGUGUAAGUGAUGCUUAAUAAAGGCUUAUUUGCUUUCAGAA